UAACAAGUGCUUUCAAACAGGGACUUUGCACUUUUUCUCCUCCUGAGCAAGCUUUCUUUCCCCACCCUUUCCUCCAGAUCAGAGACUCACCUGCAAUGAAGACCUAAGGAGGGCCUUUGUGCUAUGGUUUUCAGCUGGAAGUGCCAACUGUCGUCAUUUCUACCAGCUCCUUCUGGUGUCUCUCUGUCUGCACAACAGCCCACAAUGGUGAGGUCCCUGGCCUUCCAUCUGCUCCACCUCCCUGUCUGCCUCGCUUUGGUCCAGCUGCUCACGCCCUGCUCAGCUGAGUUUUCUGUGAUUGGACCCCCUGAGCCCAUCCUGGCCAUGGUGGGUGAAGAUGCUGAGCUGCUCUGUCACCUGUCCCCGAAGAUGAGUGCUGAGUCCAUGGAGCUGAUGUGGCUGCGAUCCGGCCUCAGGCAGGCGGUGUGUGCAUAUGCAGAUGGCAAGGAAGAAACAGAGAUAGCAGAGUAUCGAGGGAGAACCUCCAUUUUAAGAGAGGACAUCGCUGAGGGGAAGGCUGCUCUGCGGAUUCACAAGGUCAGAGCCUCUGACAGUGGAACCUACCAGUGUUAUUUCCAAGAUGCCGAUUUCCUUGAAAAAGCCCAGGUGGAGCUGAAGGUUGCAGCCUUGGGCUCUGAUCUUCACCUUGAAAUGAAUUACAAUGAAGAUGGGGGGAUCCCUGUGGAGUGCACUUCUGCAGGCUGGUAUCCGCAGCCCCUCAUAGAGUGGAGAGGUGACGGGGGAGAGAGCUUGCCCGCCAUGGCAGGGCCUGGGACCGUAGAUGGAGAGGGUCUGUUCGCAGCCACGUCAUCUGUGAUCCUGAAAGGUGGCUCUGGGAAGGGGGUCUCCUGUGUCGUCAGAAACCCGCUGCUCAGCCCGGAGAAGACGGCCAGGGUCUCCAUUGCAGGUCCCUUCUCCAGCCCGAAGCCGUGGCAGGUGGCCGUGGGGGUGACCGUGGGGGUGAUUAUUCUGGCUCUGAUUGUAAUCCUGGUCGGGGUGGUGUUCUUCAGGCGACAACACAAGAGAAUCAGGGACUUGAACAAGGAGAAGGAGAGGGAGCGAAGCGCCAAAGAGUGGACAAAGAAGCAGUACCUGGCACGUGACAGGUCUCGGGCCUAUGCUGAGUGGAAGAUGGCCCUUUACCAACCUGCGGACAUGAUUCUGGAUCCCUACACCGUGCACCCCAACCUCCUCAUUUCUGAUGACCAGAGGAGCCUGAACUAUACACAUGCACAGCAGAGCCUGCCAGACAACCCCAUGAGAUUUCAUUAUGCCUGUGUGCUGGGCCGUGAGAGCUUCACGUCAGGGAGACAUUUCUGGGAGGUGGAGGUGGGGGACAGGAAACAGUGGCAUUUAGGGGUGUGUAGGGAGAAUGUGGAGAGAAAAUAUCAUGCUACAUCACCGGAGAAUGGAUUCUGGACAAUAGCACUGUCGGGUGGGCAUGAAUUCCAGGCUCGAACGGAUCCCCAGAGCAAACUCACAAUGGCCAACCGUCCUAAACGAGUGGGGGUUUUCCUGGACUAUGAGAUGGGGGAGGUCUCCUUCUAUGAUGCCAUCGAUGGAUUUCACAUCUUCACCUUCUCACAGGCUUCCUUCUCUGGGACUCUCUUGCCUUUUUUCAGGAUUUGGUCACAGGAGCCCACUGCCUUGACUAUUUGCCCAGCACCAAGAGGAGUGGGGAGUUCCCUUCUGCCUGACCCACUGCCUGACCCUUCGCUGGAGACCCCAGUGGAGUCUUGCUCAGCUGAUGGCAAUGAGGACCCUCAGGCAGAAGAGAGGUCUUUGCUUCCCCCUGCCCAGCCCUGAGCUGAGGGCCCGCUUCACAGCAAAACUCAGCAGGAACAUACUUACAUCAGGAACAUACUUAUUAAAAACUCACUGAGAGAAGCCUUUUACUAGUUAUCUUUCAACUUUUCCACAUGACAGAUGAGGAGAACAGGGUGCAGGAAGUUAUCCUUCCAAAGGUGACUCGGCUCCCUUCCUGCAACCAUAGCUCAAUUCACAGGUAUUUAGAAGGUGGUGGGUGCUGGGCUAAGUGCUUCAGGUGAAUCUCACUCACCAAUCCUCGCAACACCCCUGUGAGUUGGCCUCAUUGAAAGUGUGGAAAGAAAGGCAGGGCCCAGGGAAGUGACAUAUAAUUCAUGCAGAAACUAGUGCUGCUGGGAGGUCUUUGACCUCU